AAAAGUGAAAUGUACAGCCUAAAAUUUGUAAUGUUUAUUGGCUUUUUAAGUGCUUGUAUAAUUAGCUGCCAAGGGUUUGCCAAAUCCAUUCGAAAGAAAUCGUAUGCUGCCUCAACAAUGGAACUGAUGAACCUUCUGGAGGUUGAGGAUAAACUGGUAGACAAUUUAAAUGGCUAUGUGGAAACACUGAAAAUGAAAUUAAAUUUAAUGGAAAGAUCCCUAACUGGUAUGAGUACAGAGCACAACGAAAUGAAGAGUGACUAUGAAUUGUACUUGGCAAAUCCACUGAACAGCUUUCGGCUAAUACAUCGCCUACACACUAGUUGGAGGAAAUGGUAUCAAUAUGCCUUUAGGAGCGAAAAUAAUGCAUUAGUGCGUAUUGAGAAUGCCCAUCUUAUGAGAAAGCUGCUACCCACCUCAUUGGAUUUGGAACACGCGUGCCGCGGAAUCGAUGACUUGAUGUCCUUUUACGACCUUAAGCCAGAAGAGCUGGCAGCUGGUAACUUAGCAGGGUACUCGCAGCCAGAUACAGAACUGACAGGUUACGAUUGCUUAGCCCUCGGAGAGUUCAGCGUUCAAAGUAGAAAGGAUGUUCUUGCCGAGGCUUGGUUUAAUCUCUCUUUGAGUCGUUUUGAUAAUAUAAUCGACAAAUACCGAGCGCACAAGGCGUUGGCAAUGCUCUUGGCGAAGAACAAGCAGCUAACUGCAGCUUUUCACCACUUAGAAAACAAGCCAGAGGAAGUAGCCCCCAGUAAUGAAGUCAGACACUUCGAGGAGGAGUUGGCGACUGUGCAGAACUGCCCGGUUGUGGUCCAAAAACCAAGUCGACUCCACUGUCGCUACAACAGCACCACGACGCCCUUCACGCGGAUUGCCCCUCUGAAAAUGGAGGAGCUGAGUUCGGAUCCGUACAUGGUGGUCUUUCACGAUGUGAUUUACGACAGCGAAAUUGAAUUGAUGCUAAACUCAAGUAAUUUCGUAUUAUCCCUGAUUGAUUCGGGUCAGGAGUCGGAGGUGAGAGCUUCGAAGGACUCAUAUAUAGUAGAAUCCAAAACCCUCAAUGACCGGAUAACCGAUAUGACCGGACUUAGUAUGGAGCGCAGCGAUCCAUUUUCGCUGAUUAAUUACGGCAUAGGUGGGCACUACAUGUUGCACCAUGACUAUCAUAAUUAUACGCACACGACCAGGCCAAAGUACGGGGAUCGAAUAGCUACUGUUUUGUUUUACCUGGGAGAAGUUGACUCGGGUGGCACCACAAUCUUCCCGAGGAUUAAUAUUACCGUUACGCCCAAGAAGGGAUCAGCGGUCUUCUGGUACAAUCUGCACAACUCCGGAGCUUUGAAUUCGGAAACCCUGCACUCAGCAUGCCCGGUGAUAAGCGGUUCCAAAUACGUACUUACGAAGUGGAUAAACGAGCUGCCUCAAACCUUCUCUACACCCUGCAUGAAAGACUCGAAUUUACACCCACCGCAAGAUGUAUAAUUCUGUAAUCUGAACUGAAAUCCUUAAGAUUAAAUGAGUUUCCUUUUCCCGCAUGAUAA